GAAGGAAUUGCAAUAGUUCUCGCAAUUUUUCGAUUAAUCAUGAACGACUCUUUGAGAAUCGGCAUUCCAAAAGAAACUUCGGGUAGACGACAGCGGUUGACAGACGUGCAUUGCGCAAAACGCCGGUUCAGUUGAAUCGUCGGCAUUCAAGCUGCAAUUCGCUCCGUGAACAUUUUUGCUUCGGUGUACUCGUGAAAUUCAUUUGCAGUGCCAGAACUUGCUAGUAGUAGCAGGCAGGAGUAAUAAAUAGUUGGGAGUUACAUACUUCUUCUAAUACCGCACCGUCCCUCAUCAGAUUCGAUGUCUCUCCUGCAUUUGUUGGGCGAAUCGAUGGAGGACCUGGCGUGCCCGGCCGUGCCCACCCUGUUCCGGCCGGGCUCCAUUUUCGACCAUUUGGGGGUGGGCCACCACCCCGACGAGGGCGGCAGCGUCGGGCACUCUCGCCGCGGCUCGGCAGGGCCCGUUCGCGCCGGCCACCUGCACCCGUGGCGCCACGCGCCGCUGCUCACGCACUACCUGCACCCGCACGCCCCGCACGGCCAGCACGCGCACCACGCGCCGCACGCCGCGCAGAGGGCGCUGGCCGCAGCCAAGAAGGGCGCCGAGCGCGCUUUCCACGUUAAUUUGGAUGUGCAGCAGUUCAGACCCAGUGAAAUAAGUGUGAAAGUUGUUGAUGGAUUCAUUGUGGUAGAAGCAAAGCAUGAAGAGCGCCCAGAUGAACAUGGGUUCAUCUCACGUGAAUUCCAGCGCCGUUACAAACUGCCAGAGGAAGUAGAUUUGGAUGCCAUUACUUCCAAUCUCUCCUCUGAUGGAGUGCUGACUAUUGAGGCUCACAAGAAGGCUGAAGAACCUCCCAGCAAGGAGCGAGUCAUUCAUAUUACUUGCACCAAUGCACCAGCUGUGACAUCUCAGCCACCAGAGAAACCCAAGAAGCAGGCUGGAGGAGAGGUGGUAGCUGAGAAGAUGGACCAGUGAAGGUCCUUAGGCUCUCAGCACGACCUUUGCUUUCUCUUCAACUUGCGCAACUAUUAGGCUUUUUUUAUUAUUAAUAUCACUUGUAAUUUGCUCAGUAAAAGUUUGUUAGUUAAUUGAGACUGAAAGUUAAAUAACAUGUCACUACAACAAAUCAUUACAUUCCAGGAGUUGUAAGACUGUAGGUCAUUUUACAAAACAUUAUGAUUACUCUUUCAUUAAGGAUUGAAAUUUUGAAUCAUUAUACCCUUAUUACUCAUUAUUAUUUUAGAAAUAUUUAGAAGUUGUAAGGGUUAUGUAGUUAAUAGUAGUUAAAUAGUGAAUCAUUCAAUAAAUAAUGGCAUUCCAGUAGUUGGUAAGACUGACUUAAUUUCCAUAGCCUUUGACAAUACUCCCUGGGAUUGUCGAAUUGGUUUACAUUACAAUAAGUAGUUACUAUUGGUCUUGCAAUAGUGUCAUUGAAGACUGAUAUAUACAAGAGUGUACAAGACAUAAGUGAUGCAUGAUUUUUUUUUAUUCAUUGAACUUUGUGUAAGGAAAAUUUACAAUAAAUAUGGCAUGAACCUUAUUUUGAGUUAAUUUAUUUUUUGGUCCUUAAAUUUGCCUAAUAUUGCUUUAUUCAUUGUAUUGAAAAAGGUGAGAGGGAAAAAAGCCUCAAAUUAUUGGGAAGAAAUAGUUUGAUAAAAACAUUUAUAGUAGUUUUUGAGAUUCAUUUUAAUAAUUUAUUUUAUUCAUUUGUUGCAACAUGCAACUGCACAAUAGAUCAAAUUCAAAAAUAGUAAUACAAUUAAAUA